AUGGAGUCAUCAUUUGCGUUUGCAGACAGAUUCACGAAAGCCGAACGCGAGCUGCAAGCGGCACGGGCCUUCGGCUACGGGCCGCGCAAGUUCUACGUUUCCAGCCACCUGCAGAAGGACGCGCUCGAGGACGAGCCAAAAGUGAAGAGAAACGAAGAUAAGGACCCAUCAGCUCCGCCGCCGGAGAAGACGCCGCAAGCGCACGCCGAGGAAGACAAGCGCAAGAUCAACAGGAUCUACAUCGCUGUGACGUCGGACCGAGGCUUGUGCGGCGGCGUGCACAGUGGCGUGACGCGUCGCAUUCGGCACACGAUGACGGGCCGCAGCGCGGAGCCGUCUACACACAAACUCAUCUGCAUCGGCGAAAAGUCGCGCACGAUGCUCAAGUCAACCUAUUCGCAACAUAUCCUACUGUCUGUCAAACAGAUCGGUCGUGUAUCUCCAAUAUUCAAAGACGCCUCAAGUAUGGCCGUCGCUAUAACGGAAUCUGGAUACAAAUACGAGUCUGCUGAAAUUUAUUACAAUAAAUAUCAUACCCCCGUUAAAUAUGAGACGACUGUGAUACCGGCCUUCACAAGAAAAAAUAUAGAGAGGGCGCCCAACAUGGCCGCGUUUGACGACGUAGAGGAGGAUCAAUUGGAGAGCUACGCGGAGUGGACCCUGGCGGCGAUUAUAUACUACGCGCUGAAACAGAGUGCCGCAUCGGAGCAGUCGUCGCGAAUGGCGGCCAUGGACAACGCCACCAAGAAUGCGGCCGAAAUGAUCAGGAAACUCUCGCUGCUGUACAACAGGACGCGGCAGUCGGUCAUCACGAAAGAGCUCAUCGAGAUACUGUCCGGCGCGGCGGCCUUAAAA